AUGGCGUUAGUGCAGUGGACAAAGCAAUAUCUACGAGAAUAUCAUGAAGCUAAUGAUGUCCCUCCAAGAAUGUUACGGCCUCAAGUGGUGGUCUGGACUCCUCCUCCAAUGUCAAGAUACAAGGUUAACGUGGAUUGCACAGUCUUUUCGGCUCAAAAAUCUGAAGGUGUUGGAGUUUUAAUCCGAGACCCUUUUGGGCAGGUAGUUGCUGCGAUGAGCAAGAAGAUAAAUGCACCUUUGGGUGCAUUAGAAGCCGAGGCGAAAGCAUUUGAAGCGGGCCUUCAGUUUGCUCUGGACGUUGGUGUGCAUGAUUUUAUACUUGAGGGUGAUUCCAUGUUACUGUGUAAUGCACUAAGUGGACAUUCUUUACCCCCAUCCUCAGUGGCCUCAGUGGUUAGGGGUAUAAAUAUGAAUUGUGGGGUUUUAAGCCAAGUGAAUUUUUCACAUGUUAAGAGGCAAGGUAAUAGGCCAGCCCACUUAUUAGAAAAAUAUGCUCUAGGUAUUGUUGAUUUCUUGACUUGGAUAGAAGAAAAUCCAUACUUUUUAGUGCAAACUCUUAUUCAUGAUGUAUCUAUCUUAUGUGAUUCUUAA